GGUAAUGGCGACGACAACACCGAGCUCAUCGUCGCUGUCGUGGCGUUGGUCAUCUCGGUUCUCGCCUUCGUCAUCGCCAUCCUCCAAGCCCUCCAGCAGUAUUUUGCUUCUGCUACGGGCUUUUCGUCAUGCAGUCCAGCCGUGAUAGGGAAAUGGGCGAAUUUUGCUCGCCGACAGAUGCUCUGGACCGAAUUCCGCUUCGAGGUUCAGUUUGAGGUGCCUGUCAUAUUUGUCGCAAGGCCCGAAAACCACAAAGGUCCCUUGGGUGACGACAAGCUCACCGAUGACAAGGACAGAAAGAUCAUCCGCCUUGACGGCGGUGAGGAUAACUUUCAGUACACAUCCAAGAUGGAGGAAUUUGAUAAGCAGUUCAAGCAGAGCCAACAGCAGGUGGUGCACACAGCCGACAACGAAAAGGCUACCUGGUACGCCCUCCUGAUGGCUAUCUGCCGCAUGGAAAAGGAAUCACGGGACUGGCAAAUAUCCAAGCUGGAGGACUCGUACAAGAUGAACGCACCAAAACAGCUCCGCAACAACACGGCGCCUCCCAAGGCCCCAGAUCCGCGUCACUCCAUGGUGGUCUGUAUGCAGAGGAAGAGACGCACUUGGGAUAGCAUGCCCAAUAACCUGUCAAAGCCUUAUGCCACCACCACCAUCUCUCACAUGGUUGAGAUUGCUGCCAUGCUGGGUAUCUACUGGAGACAAUUCGACCUCAACAAUGAUCAAUACCGCGCGCAAGGAAACGGCUUCGUUCUCUACGGUUCAUAUCUCGACGGCCUAGGAAUCACAUUUACUUUCCAGAAGCAAGGACCGACAUGGUUCAAGCAGAACCGAGCCAUCCCAAACUACGACGUCAAGAAGUAUUGCUUCGGCAUUGCACCGACUAUCUUUUUGGCACCUGAGCAGGAUAAGGUCUACGCCGAUGAGCCCAAGGACGUUGGCAGUCUGCAACUAGGAAGCCUCUCGGAGAUUGCACACACUCUUGAGGUGUUUGGAUGCGAUAUCAACACGGUCAACUACUUCCGCAAGAACCUUGAUCAAGCCCGUCACAGUCACAUUUUCCCCAUCCCGUUCGAGAUACUAGGAAUGGUAGGAAAGACCAUCCACGUCGAAGACACCGUCUUCCGUAUGCUUCCCAACCCGACCGUCUUCUACUGGGACCCGAACACUUUCUCCAUGCCCACACUCAUGGCUGAAUUUCUUACUUCUCUGAGAAUUCUUAAAAGCGAGAAGCUCCUAAAGGACAGCAAGCAAGUUGCCGAUAUCCUCGAGUGGGCCGAUAGCCACGACAGCCACUUCACCAAGCUACGAGCUUCUUCGUCUACGCUUGUCAACAUCAGUGAAGACAUCAGCGGUGUGAACCUUGUUAAUGAGCUCAGCCACCUACGCAAGGGCAUUGAGCUUUGUGACGAGUUCUUUCAGCCGGCUAAAUUCUCCUUGGUUCGAAAGGUUUUGCGCAUACACAUCCAAGAGAUGCUCAACCUCCUCAACGAAAAGGACAAGACAACGAACACCAAGGACAAUGCCAAGAAAGACGGCGAGGAUGAUGAGGAAGGACCCAUCACCAUUGACGACAUCGACUCCGCAUUUGUCAACGAAAAGGAACCCCUCCUAAUGCAAAUGUACUUUGAAACCGUCCGUAAAAACGUGACCCGGAUCCUCACAGAGCAAGACGACAAGAGCAAAAAGAGACAGGCCAGACGAGCCCGAAGGGGCUCAGUCAACUCAGGAAAAGCAGGAGAAGCCGGAGUAAAGCCCCCAGAGCCGAUGUCUGAGGACAAGGUGAACGAGAUUUGGUGCACGCUCGUGUUCCGCAUGCUGUGCUGGCUGCAGCUGCACGAGUUCCACAAGAUGGACAUUCAGGUUAGCAAGAGUGAUGCGUAUGCGAGCCGUAUUCCGGUUUACAUAGUCUAG